AUGGCUUGGACAGCCAAUGCCACCUUCCUGCUCGUCCUCGCCGCCCUAAUUUGCUGCCAUGCGCUAACGGGCAACGCACAGUUCACUACGGCCGGCUGUCAACUGUCCGACAUCCACGUCUCGACGGUGCGGACCGGGAAUGUGGUCGGGGGCCAGCCGGAGUACCGGGUGACCAUCGAGAACCGCUGCUCGUGCCCGCAGAACGGCGUCAGGGUACACUGCGCCGGCCUGCCCAGCACCGAGCCCGUGGAUGAGAGCAAAAUCCGCACGGAGGACGGCGGGGUCUGCCUCGUCAACGACGGCAUGAACUUCUCCCGUGGAUCGCCCGUGACGUUCACCUACGCGUGGAAGAUGCCGCAGGAGUUCAAACCCGCCAUGGCCGUGUCCCGGUGCGGAUACCCACCGUCCUCGUCGAGAGAUAUCAUGGGCUGA